AUGCCAAUCCCUGUACCACCCGGCGCGCUUCCGGAGGCUCACAGAGUCAUCUGUAUUCGUUCAGUCCGGGCUGCUGCUCGCGGCCGAUUUGUUGACUUCGAGUUUUCGUCAAUGAGCUCCAAGAAGUGUGCGUACUGCACUUUUCAAAACGAGAAGUGUGUUCCGCUUCCCACUUAUGUGGAAAGCGAAUUCUCCGUCUUUUGGCAGGCCCUCGGACAGUACGAGGUCGCGCUCGGCAGCGACGUGAUUCAUGACCGCCACAUCACGGAGGCUAGGGUCCGGGCUGCCGCCUUCGCGCUGGCGAGCUGUGUGCAGGUAGCGACUGCCCAGCUCAAGAGCGUGUUGGUGGUAGAUGUGCUACUAGCGGACUACUAUCGGGUAGCGGAGGAGAAUCGGGUCCUUCAGGUUCAGAUGGCUGAUCUGGCGGCGGCUGUCGAGAAGGUGGCGGGAGCUCAGGUGGAGCUAACAAAAGCUUUGCAGGGUCUCGUGGAAGGAGGGAGUCGAGGUGGAAAAAGACAACGAGGUGGACGGGGCGGUCGUCCAAGUGGUGGAAGGGGCAAUAGAUAUGACGGUGGUUUAAGAGGAGAAGUCGGGGCGGAGUCGGACAGUGAGCUGUCUGACGUGCCUCAUGAAUUGUCAGGUGACGAGAUGAACCUGCCGUGA